AUGGAUUCAGAUUUGACGGAAUGGGCUGACAAGUUGGUGCGAGAAAAUAACCAAAAAGGAUUAUCAUUACAGGUUUCUCCUAUUGAGGCAUACUCAUUUCAUGUAUACGAUGGAAGUUGUGUUGAAGUUGUAAUUGCACACAGUGGCGGAUCCAGGAUUCAAAAGUCAACAAACUCUCUUUCAAUGUGGAGAAUCAUGCAAUCAGCAAGGAAUUCAUCAGCUAUGGUGUUCCGAAGUGUCACAUCCUGGGAUCGGCUCCGCCGUAGCACGAUAUUGUCCGCUUUGGACCCCUCUCUCUCCCCUCACGGUUUUGUUUCUAGGAGCUCACGAGCAACUUCUCAGUGGGUCACCCAUCCUGAGAUUGCUCUAGCCCCAACUCGCUUAACUUCGGAGUUCCCAUAA